CAAAAAUAAAGUACAGUAACAAACGGAAGUAUAGGUGAAGGUCUGAGGCAGCACCGCCAAGCUGGGCACCGGGGAGAUGGCCGAGACUGACCCCAAGACCGUGCAGGAUCUCACCUCAGUGGUGCAGACACUCCUGCAACAGAUGCAAGAUAAAUUUCAGACCAUGUCCGACCAGAUCAUUGGAAGAAUUGAUGACAUGAGCAGUCGCAUUGAUGACCUGGAGAAGAACAUAGCAGACCUCAUGACGCAGGCCAGGGUGGAAGAGCUGGAUGGUGAAAACAAGAUCCCGGCCACACAGAAGAGCUGAAGGUUGCUUGUCUUCGCUGGAAUCUGGAACACCUUUUUACAAGCCAAGAGGAGACAGAUGGCUUUUUCAACUAACUACUAUGUGUAGCCAGGUUUUAUAUUAUAAAGUGUGCAUUCUUCUUA